AUGGCAGAGAAGAAGCCCCUGUCCCAUGUCUCGAUCCUGCAAAGCAGCUCGAUUCGUCUCCCUGAGUUUAGGCCUUAUCGACCUAAUCCUGCUCUAAGCCGCACCCCCGAGUUCCAACGACAUACUUGCAAAGACUGCCAAAGACUGAUCUUGGAGCUCCUCCAACACCCAGCAGGUACCUCUCCAAGUGGAUACGACAACUCUGAAAUUCACCGUGAUGGGCUUCUGUCCACAUUAGUUCACAGUUCGGCCAGUUGCCGCGUAUGCGCCAUUAUUGUCAACCAGAUUGUAUGCGAUCGUGCUGACGUUCAGCAUGAAUUCACUCAUUAUCAGCUUGCUUUGUCGCUAGACAAAAAUAGUUUCUGUGUCAGGCUCACAAAAGAUUCAGAAGCGGCAGACACAAGCAGGAGAAAUAUCUACGGCGAAUUUGCCCUUUACCGCAGCGAAUUGCCAAAGCAGUUCUCUUGGUUAGAUUAUGGAAUUACCUAUACACCUAUGUGGAACAAUUUGUCUCAACAAGAUGUGCAAACUGAAGAUCAACGCUACGUCGCUCUGAGUUACCGAUGGGGGAAUGAUCUUCCCUUGAGGCUGACCCAGGACACGAUGGGCGACUUCAUCAAGGGACUCCCCAUCUCGAAGCUGCCUGAAACUCUCCAGGAUGCAGUGCGCAUCUCUCGCAAUCUAGGCUUUAAGUUUAUCUGGAUUGACGCCCUCUGCAUCGUCCAGGAUGACGAAAAUGACUGGGUAGAACAGUCGGCCCUCAUGGCGGAUAUAUACCGAUACAGUAGCCUCAACCUGUGCGCGGCGGAUGCAGCAGGUUGUGGCUCAGGAAUGGUGGAAAUGGCAGCGCCGCACUUGAUGGAAAUCGCUACUUCAACGGCCCAAUCUAAGGAUACGGAUUCGACAGAAACAGUGGUUCUUGUGGGAGGCCCAAUCUCCACCGCCAUUAUCGACUGGGAUAGAUGUGGGCUUCUGUCCAGGGGGUGGGUCUUCCAGGAGGGCCUCUGCUCCCCUCGUGGCCUCUAUGUCAGUCGUCGGCACGGCUUGUGGUGGGAUUGCGGAACGAUGAUCGAUAUGAUUGACGCGCGUGAGUCGAUAACGACCAGUGAUACUGAUCAUGCGUUCAACCCACGCACCGAAAGGCGGUCCUUUUUGUCUCUUGAGAAACUUCCGGGCUAUUACUCCAAGUCAGUCCCAGUCAAAAACUUCUCCUUCACCUGGUAUGACUGGGUGAAGCUCUAUACAUCGAAAAACCUCACGCGAAAGACUGAUCGGCUCCCUGCCGUAGCAGGUAUGGCCUCUUAUGUCGCCUCGCUGUCGGGGAUGAAGUAUAAGGCCGGAUUAUGGGAGGAGGAUCUCCUACGCGGAUUGACGUGGCGUAGAAGCAGUUCGGGUCACGCCGAGCGCGUACCAGGAGGUGCUCCUACGUGGAGCUGGGCUUCGAUCACUGGGCCAGUCUACUACGACGAGUUCUUUACCAUGCUUGUCGACCACCGCGGGAAGAUUGACCGUCGUGCCGAGUUGGACCUCGAUAUCACGGACACUGCUAUUGAAGAAGAGCGGGUAAAUACAUUUGGGAAUGUCCGACGCGGAGAGAUCAAGGCCUCUGGCGUCUUGAAACACGCGGCAACGAUGCUGUUGAGGGAACAAUGGAGUCCAAUAUGGGGAUUCGAUAUACAGCCUACAGAACCAGAAGCAGACGUCCUCGAACGCUGCCAAGUACUCCGACUCGCUAAAGCCUACCGUGAUAAGCAAGGCAGCUGCCCAGUUGUCUACUUUCUAAUCAUUCGGGAAACAGGUCGGCGUGAAAAUGAAUACCAGCGCGUUGGCCAAGGGCGUAUCGUGCUAAAAUACGACCAGCAUCCGAAUCGUUUCAGGUUUUCUAUUCGUCUGGGCUCAAAACUCAACUUUGGGGUUUUAGAAGAGGAUAUAUGGGGGGAGACUAAGAAAGUUGCAUUAACUCUUGUUUAA